UUAUUUUGGAGUUCAGCCUAUUAUCAUAAUCAUAAUCAUGAUGCAUAUAUUUGAAAUGAAUUCCGGUAGUCUUUCAAAUAAAUUCACCUACACCAUAGAUAAUGCCUACACAGCGCUUUUAUCUGGCCUGUGGAGAGAUCAAAAUGUAUUAUACAUUUAAAAUAAGUGAAUUUUGUGGGAGGAAUCGUGGAUUUUAGAAGUGAAUUCCGGUGAUUAUAAAUGAAUUCCGGUGAUUGUAAAUGAAUUCCGGUGAAUUCCGGUGAUUAGUCUAUCCGCGUAGUACGUCCUGGUAUCAUCAAGUGCCUAUCGAUAUUUAUUUACUUACAGAUUUUUGGGAUUAAUAUAAAAACUAAACUGUACAUAUACAGUAAUAACUUAUAUAACCUGUACAACCAAAACCAAAAGACAACAUGGAGCAGUGGAAUUGGCACCAGUUUUGUGGUCAUAAUGAAAACUUUACCAUUUGGAGUAACAAUGAUUUUGGACUUUGUUUUGAAGAAAUUGUUAUUAUAUUACCACCGCUGGUUCUACUAGCUAUUUUAAGUUCAUAUUAUAUUGCCAGAACACAAGUUAGAUUGAAUGAUUCAGAUUUAUAUGUUGUCUGGUUCUGGUUUAUGAAGAUCAGAUUUGUCUGUACUAUAUUUCUAUCACUGGCAUCAGUAGUACAAAUACUUUUUACAUUUUUUUUACUGAAAAUAUCUCUAAGUGUAGUUGAUUAUGUUGUGUGUGUAGUAUCAGUAUUUACGUGGGGUUUACAUGCCAUCUAUAUUUGGAAUUUACGAUAUUUUCAUACUGUACCAUUACGAGGACCGACAAGUGCUAUAGUCGUAUUUUUGUUAACAGUUGUCUCGUUGGUUGUGCAUAUGCGUUCAGUCAUUUUACAACACAUUGAUUAUUUAGUAAACCGUAAUGCAGCUGAAGAAUAUACUAUUUAUAUUAAGUUAGGAUUAGAGUUAAUUUAUUUAUUAACUUUGUUUCCAUCUAAAACACGACAUUAUAGAACAGAUUUGUUUUAUGGAAGUAUAAACUAUGAUACUCCCGAAACAGAACAGGUUACCUGGGAACAUAUACAUAGUUAUGGUGGAACUGAUCAAUCUGUCAUGACAGCAGAAUUAUUGGAAGCCGAAUCAACUUCCAAUAUCUUUUCUAAACUCUCAUUUUAUUGGCUAAAUCAUAUGUUUAAAAAGGGUUUAAAUGGCAGACUAAAUAAUGCAACUGACUUACUAAGACUACCUAAACGAUUAAAUUCUGUUAAUAUUGAACAGAAAUUCCAGAAAGUUUUAAGUGGGAAUACUGCUGACCAUAGAGAUUUAGAAAAUAAUAUGACACAAAGGUCAUGUGAACAGAAUUCCACGCUAAAUCAUGAUCCAACUGUUCAAAUAAUCGACUAUGUUCAAAGAAAGAAAAAAGUCACCAAACAAAAAUCAUUACUCAAAUGUUUAAACAGUGCAUUUGGAUGUGAAUAUUAUUGUUUAGGAAUAUUAAAACUGAUAGCAGAUGCAUUAGGAUUUGCUGGACCUGUGUUGUUAAAUAUGUUGAUAUCAUACAUUGAAAAUAAAAAUGAACCUCAAAAUCACGGAUAUUUGUAUGCAGGAGGACUGAUGGCUACAACUUUUCUUGGUACAAUAUUUUCUACACAGUUUGAUUAUCAUGUAUCUGUGGUGGGUUUAAAGAUACGUUGUGCUUUAGUAACAAUCAUUUACCAAAAAACAUUAUCUGUUAGCAGUGUUCAGAUGGCUAAAUUUGAUACCGGACAAAUUGUCAAUUUUAUGAGUACUGACACCAACAGAAUUGUAAAUUUCUGUCCCAGUUUUCAUGCAAUUUGGAGUUUACCAUUCCAAGUUUCUUUCUCUUUAUAUUUACUACAUCAACAAGUGGGCCUGUCAUUCUUAGCUGGAUUAACGUUUGCUAUAAUACUGAUUCCAAUAAACAGACAGUUGGCUAUUAAAAUAGGUGAUCUCAGUAAAAAAAUGAUGGGCCAAAAAGACAGUCGUGUUAAGUUAAUGAAUGAAGUUUUGAGUGGUAUUCGUGUUGUGAAAUUUUAUUCGUGGGAACAACAUUUUAAAGAAAAGAUAAAUUUUGUUCGUGACAAGGAAUUAAACAAUCUGAAAGGGCAGAAAUAUUUAGAUGCAUUAUGUGUAUAUUUUUGGGCUACAACUCCUGUGUUAAUUUCUAUAUUAACAUUUACAACAUAUUCUUUAUUAGGUCAUACUCUUACUGCUGCUAAGGUUUUUACAAGUCUGUCACUGUUCAUUAUGUUAAUUGGACCAUUAAAUGCCUUCCCAUGGGUAAUCAACGGUUUGAUGGAAUCGUGGGUAUCGUUAAAAAGAGUGGAAGAGUUUUUAAAAUUAGAACAACUAGAUCUGGCUUCUUAUUAUUCACCACAUUUAGAUAUUACAAGUUCUAUAAGAGUGGAUAAAGGUUUGUUUUCAUGGAAAUCAAAGAUAAAUAUUUCUCCGUCAAAUAGUAGCCUUUCAAGUCAAACAAAUUCAGCAGUUUCUUCUGAGUCAAAUAUUAGCUCUGUAGCAUGUCCAACACUAGUAUUAUCAGAUAUAAAUUUACAUGUACAAAAGGGUCAACUUCUUGGCGUAAUUGGUAAAGUUGGCUCCGGCAAGAGUUCCUUAUUACAUGCACUGCAAGCAGAAAUGCAAAAAAAAGGAGGAAGGAUCAGUUUAGAAAAUAUAGAAUUAGGCUUUUCAUUGGCUACUCAAGAACCGUGGUUGCAGCAUGCUACAGUUCGUGAUAAUAUAUUAUUUGGACAGUGUUAUCAAACCGGAAAAUAUGAUGCUGUUAUUCAGGCUUGUGCUCUUUCAGAAGACUUCAAAAUGUUGCCUGCUGGUGACAAAACAGAAAUAGGUGAAAAUGGUGUAACAUUAAGUGGUGGACAGAAAGCUAGGAUAGCUCUUGCAAGAGCUGUAUAUCAGGUGCUUGAUAACUAAAAGAGCGCUGACCAUAAGAGACUAGUUGAACACUUUUGGGCUUUAAAAGUAGUUUAUCUGAUGUAUGUAAUGUUCGGCCAGGUGUAUAAAGUUCUAAAAGAUCUGAGAGGUAAACAGGAGCUAAAUUAUUUAAACAUUUAAAAGUAAGUAAUAAAAUCUUAAAAUCAAUUCGAUAUUUAACAGGUAACCAGUGUAAAUUAUAUAAAACAGGAGUUAUGUGGUCACAUUUCUUAGUUAAAGUAACAAGUCUAGCCGCAGUAUUCUGUACUUUUUAUACGCCCACAUUUUCAUGUGGACGUAUUAUGCCGUCGCCCCUGUCCGUCCGUCCACAAUUUGUUUGUGGACACUCUACAGGUCACAAUUCUUAUCCGAUUUUGACGAAACUUGAAAUAUAGGUUUAUCUCCAAAAGAUCUCGGUUCCUUUCGAUAUUGGCAUGUAUCGGAUCGAAACUUCAUGGAUUAUGGCCCCUGUUUGUACGAAAAAUCAUGUUUUUAGCUUGUG